UGUAUCUGAACAUCAACAAGCCCCGUGCCUCCUCCCUCUGGACGCCUUCCAGCUUCUUGAGAGGCGAGUCAAUGAUAUCACGGCGUGGGCGGGACGUGUGUGUCUAUAAGUACAGGCGGUGCAGAGGGAAACCUCUCUAUGAAGCCGAGCUGUGCUGACCCACGCUGACACUAACACACUGUAGGAGAGCAAACAAGACCAGACUGGUGCGCCUGUUGGUGCACGGACUCUCAACUGUGGAUACCUUUCAUCCUGUAGCCGACAAACAAGACUUCUCUCCUGUCAGGACUCAGGACGCUUGAUGUGAACGGCAUCCGACUUCCACACCAUUUUUGAACAUUUUUUCCAGUCGUCUUUCUCGUCAUCCGCUGCACCCAGGAUGUUUGUUAGUUUGCAGCAGAUCAUUUCCUCACUCUUUGUGCUAUGCAGCGCUGCAGCGAUGGCAGAGGGUGAAUGCCCAGCCGAGUGCUCCUGCGCCCCGUCACCCCCCCUGUGCCCGCGGGGCGUCAGCUGGGUGACCGACCACUGCGGCUGCUGCAAAGUGUGCGCCAAGCAGUUCAACGAGGACUGCAGCGCCACCGAACCUUGUGAUCACAUCAAGGGGCUACGCUGCCAUCUGGGGGCUGGAGGAGACCCAGAGAGGGGCCUGUGUCGAGCUGAGGCCCAGGGUUUGCCCUGCGAGUUCAACGGACGCAUGUAUCAGCACGGCGAGCACUUCCAGCCUAGCUGCCAGCACCAGUGCACCUGCAUGAACCGGGUGGUGGGCUGCAUGCCCCUCUGCCCCCACCAAGUGCCCCUGCCUGACUGGCGCUGCUCACGGCCCCAGCUGGUCAGGCCCGACGGCGGCUGCUGCGAGGAGUGGGUCUGCGACGAUGACAACCACAUCAGUGAGGAGCCAGACGAGCAGAUGCACACCUCCCAUCCAGACAGCCGGCCGCUCCCCAACCACAUCAGUCCAGUGCUGCGGCCCCAACCGCUGCCCCGGCACCCAGCUGCCACCGGAGGGGCGGCGUACAGAGAGAUGUUGGCGUUCCCCGCGUCUCAAGUGGUAGUGGAGUCCAGGUGUUUCCUACACACCACCGAGUGGAGCGAGUGUUCCACCACAUGUGGGAUGGGCAUCUCAGCUCGCGUGACCAAUGACAACCCAGACUGUAAGCUGGUCCGGGAAACCAGACUGUGCCAGAUCCGACAAUGUGACCUGCAGCUGCCUUAUGUCAGCAAGAGGGGAAAGAAGUGCCAGAGAACGAGUCGCCCACAGGAUCCGGUCAGAAUAACAUUCGCCGGCUGCUCGACGGCGCCGCGGUACCGCCCUCGUACCUGCGGGGCGUGCACCGACGGCCGCUGCUGCACGCCCUCCCUGUCCCGCACCGUCCGGCUGCGCUUCCAGUGUCCGGACGGAGAAGCCUUCUACCACAACGUCAUGUGGAUUCAACGCUGCAGCUGCACGGAGAGCUGUCCACGCUACGGCGCCUCCAGCCCCGCCAUCAGCCUCUACAACGACAUCCACGUCUUCAGACACUGAGGUUGACCCACCCACGGCCCCCCCACCCCAGGUCUGGCACACUGGGCAAAAGGCUCAGUACCCGGCCCCACCGUCCCACCGCCUCCCCGUCUGUUAGCUGGGUGGGAAUCUCUGAGCUUGUUCCAUCCUCCCCCAAACCAGGCAACACUCGCUUGCACUUUAAGCUCCCUGCCAAGAUGACAUCAGUCUGCCCACACUAGAGGAGUAACAGGGCAGCACUGAGGACAACACACUGCAGUGUUAGACUGCUGGCAGAACACUUUUACUGAAACUUAUUUUAUUUAUUUGUAACUUUUUGCUCACUUCCUCUGUCUCUGAAGUCACCAGAAUUAGAUGUUGCCACUGUUUGUUUCUGCA